AGAAAGAUCUACUAAGUCACGGCCGUGUUUUCCAUCCACCUCGGUCCUGUCUGCUCAGCACUCCCUCACUACUUUUCUGCACCGUUCUUGCAUGAAAAGAGAUCUAGGGUGACAGGAAAUGUAAUGACUCAUCCGACAUUGGAUUGAGCCCUUUUUAUUUACCUUUUUAUGUUGCCUCAGUCUCUGAUCCCGGGACACCGUGACACGUGCAUGAAUGUUUGUAUCGCACAGAAGACACAACGUGGAUUGCAGUGGGACUCUGAUCAUUUAAAGGUCUGAUUCGCUUGGCUGUCUGAUAGCUCUUUGUUUUCCUCAGCCCUUCGACUAGAAAAAGAAAUCAAGGUGUGUUUUAAUCAUGCCGACCAGCAAGGGUCAGGGAGUCCUUCGCUUUGGUUUGUGUCUCUGGUUGUGUAUAUUCAUACCUUUCUUUAAAGGCUGUGCAGGUUGUGCCUCUGAGGAAAGACUCUUCCACAAACUGUUUUCUCAUUAUAACCAGUUCAUCAGGCCUGUGGAAAAUGUUUCUGAUCCCAUCACGGUGUAUUUUGAAGUGGCCAUCACACAGCUGGCCAACGUGGAUGAAGUAAACCAGAUCAUGGAAACCAAUUUGUGGCUACGUCACAUUUGGAAUGAUUAUAAAUUGCGCUGGGACCCAGUGGAAUAUGACGGCAUUGAGACCCUCCGUGUUCCUGCGGAUAAGAUCUGGAAGCCUGACAUUGUCCUCUAUAACAAUGCUGUCGGCGACUUCCAAGUCCAAGGCAAGACGAAAGCUCUUCUCAAAUACGAUGGCAUGGUAACCUGGACUCCACCAGCCAUUUUUAAGAGUUCCUGUCCUAUGGAUAUCACUUUUUUCCCUUUUGAUCAUCAAAAUUGUUCCCUGAAAUUUGGUUCCUGGACAUAUGACAAAGCUGAAAUUGAUCUUCUAAUCAUUGGAUCCAAAGUGGAUAUGAAUGAUUUUUGGGAAAACAGUGAAUGGGAAAUUGUUGACGCUUCUGGCUAUAAGCAUGACAUAAAAUACAACUGUUGUGAAGAGAUAUACACAGAUAUAACCUAUUCUUUUUACAUUAGAAGAUUGCCAAUGUUUUACACCAUUAAUCUGAUCAUCCCCUGUCUCUUUAUUUCAUUUCUAACUGUAUUGGUCUUUUACCUUCCUUCUGACUGUGGUGAAAAAGUGACACUUUGCAUUUCAGUUCUGCUUUCUCUGACUGUGUUUUUGCUGGUAAUCACAGAAACCAUCCCAUCCACAUCUCUUGUGAUCCCACUGGUGGGCGAGUACCUACUAUUCACCAUGAUCUUUGUCACCCUGUCCAUCGUGGUGACCGUAUUUGUGUUGAACAUACACUAUCGCACCCCAACAACACACACCAUGCCCAAGUGGGCGAAGAUGGUUUUCCUCCAGCUGUUACCCCAGAUCCUGAUGAUGAAGAGGCCUCUGGAUAAGACGAGAGAGACAAGUUCUGAUAAAAACCCCAAAGGCGUUCCCAAUAGGCCUCCCAAAGUCAAAUUUCAUAAUCGUAGAGAGCCCAAACUUCUGAAAGAAUGCUGCCACUGUCAUAAAUCAAGUGAGCUUGCGGCCAGCAAGAGAAGAUUAAGUCAUCAGCCUUUACGUUGGAUGACCGAAAAUUCAGAGCACUUGCCUGAAGUUGAAGAUGUGAUUAACAGUGUUCAAUUCAUAGCAGAAAACAUGAAGAACCAAAAUGAAACAAAGGAGGUAGAAGACGACUGGAAAUAUGUGGCCAUGGUGGUGGACAGAGUAUUUCUUUGGAUAUUUGUAAUUGUCUGUGUGUUUGGAACUGCAGGGCUAUUUCUACAGCCACUAUUGGGGCAGACAGGAAAAUCUUAAGGAUGUAUUUUCCUUUUAUCUUCAGAAACAUAGAUGCUCUAUUUGUUCUAUGUUCCCUACCACAAGAGAAGGGACAUAAAGCUUUCUGCCCAAGUCCCCCAUCAACUGAAGCUGAUGACUAGAUGGAAAAAGAGGAUUUUAUUGCAAAUUAGGGCCCGAAUGCCCUCCUUUGUAGCAGAGAGGAGUAUUUUAAGACGUGUUAACACUGUAGCCCAGAGCUGGCAGCGCUCACAGGCUUCUCCUGUCUGUACAU